GAUGAAAGGAAUCACAUUUUUGAUGCCCUAGCUAGCUAGCUUCUGCUGCUGCUGCUGAUAUCAUUCUCAAUCUUAUCUCUUUGAUGGAUCACUUUUUGAAUUCUGUAUAAAACCCCUCCUCAUGUCCAUGUCUUUUUUUGUCACCUAAACUCAUCACUCACAACAUCAAUAUAUACAUUCAUUCAUUCUCUCUAGUCGUUUAGCUACCUAGCUAGCUAGCUAGCUAGCAGAUCGAAUUCCUGUUCUCUAUAUAUCUAUAUGAGAAAGGAGGAGAAGCCCAAGAAUGGUUGCCAUGACCGUAUAUCAUCAUCAACAUCAUCGAACCAAUACUAGUAGUAGUAGCACUAGUAGUGACGGCCAAGUACCCACAACAACAACAACUUGGUCCUCUUCUAACCAAUUACAUGGGCCGGUGGUGGAAGAAAUCCAAGGUUUGAUUAAGGUGUACAAGGAUGGACACACGGAAAGACCACAGAUAGUUCCCUCUGUCCCUCCCACACUAUUGCCCCCUGACCUCCCCGUCACCUGCAAGGAUGUCAUCAUAGACCCCUUCACAAAUGUUUGGGCACGCCUCUACGUUCCUUUGUUGCAUCACGAUCACGACAAGCUCAUUCCCUUAUUGGUCUACUUUCAUGGAGGCGGCUUUUGUGUCGGAUCCGCUGCAUGGAGCUGCUACCACGAUUUUCUCGCUAAUUUGGCUGCCAAGGCUUCUUGCCUUGUCCUCUCCGUCAACUACCGAUUGGCACCAGAAAAUCCUCUCCCAGCUGCAUACGAUGAUGGAGUUAAGGCACUGAGUUGGGUCAAGACGAUGAUGAGACAAGAAGAAGCUGCACUUGAUAAUAAUAAUGAUUGGGCUAGGAAAUGUGACUUUAAUAAUAUCUUUUUAGGUGGUGAUAGUGCUGGUGCUAACAUAGCCCACAAUGUGAGUGGACUUAUAAUUAGGAGGAGCUCUGAUUCAUUAUUGAUGGCAAUAAAAGGAACAAUACUCAUCCAACCGUUUUUUGGAGGUCAUGCCAGGACCGCUUCCGAGAAGAACAUGACCAAGAAGACAUGUCCCCUGACUCUGGACGUUUCAGACACCUACUGGCGGCUGUCCCUCCCCGAGGGAGCCAACAGAGACCACCCGUGGAGCAACCCGACGACGACGAUGUUGUUUUCGUCAGGCGGUGGUUUGUAUGGAAAGUUGGAUAAUAGUAAUAAUAAUAAUAAUAAUAAUGUAAUGGUAUGCAUAGCAGAAAUGGACAUAUUAAAGGACAGGAAUAUGGAGUUUUGUGAUGCUUUGGGAAGGGCAGGGAAGAGAGUGGAACGCAUGGUGUACAAUGGAGUUGGGCAUGCUUUUCAUGUUUUGGACAAGACUCAAAUCUCUACAACCAGGACCACUCAAUUGAUUUCCCACAUCAAGGCCUUCAUUGCAUCACUAGCUAGCUAGCUAGAUCAUGAUCAUCUUUCAUUUUAUAUACUACUACUACUACUACAUAAUUAGCUAGUUCAAUUCUUUUCAUGAUGGG